AUGGAAGGGGAGGAGGAACAGAGGGAGGGAUCAGAAAGAUUCGGAGAAAAAGUUUGAAAGGAACAAGAGAGCUCCAGCAGCCGGCGGUCCGACGGAAAAAGAGCUAGAAAGAGGGAAACUACCCGGACCGUGAGGAUUUUUAUUGUUGGCCCUUGAGCCACUGGGCGCGCGCCUCCUGCCUUGUGUACGUGAUCUCGUGGAUUAAAUGAGUUUGAACUCGCGAUGAGGAGUGAGCCCAUUCUAUUCGCUUGCAGCAGGGCAAUGGAGGAGCUAGUGACCGAGCUUCGCCUGUUCCUGGACCUGCUGGACAGAGAGUAUCUGAGUGCUGGCGUCCGAGAGAAGAAGGUCCACCUCUCCCACAUCCUGCACCGUGUGCUUUCAGAUAAAGAAUCUUCAUUUAAAUCUGAGAUCCACAGUGGUUUGCCAGCCCCUCCUCAGAUGCCCCUGCCAGAGAUUCCUCAGCCAUGGCUGGCUCCAAACAGCGACCCUCCUCCUCUGCCCAGCUCCUCUCUUCCAGAAGGUUACUAUGAGGAAGCAGUUCCCUUAAGUCCUGGAAAGGCUCCUGAGUACAUUACCUCUAACUAUGAUUCAGAUGCCAUGAGCAGUUCCUACGAAUCGUACGAUGAAGAAGAGGAAGACGGGAAGAGUCAGAAGAUGCGUCACCAGUGGCCAUCUGAAGAGGCAUCCAUGGACCUUGUGAAAGAUGCCCGUAUCUGUGCUUUUCUGUUGCGCAAGAAACGCUUCGGCCAGUGGACUAAACUUCUGUGUGUCAUCAAAGACAACAAACUAUUGUGCUACAAAUCUUCUAAAGACCAGACCCCACAGAUGGAACUCACUCUGGCAGGAUGCAGCAUCAUGCACAUCCCCAAAGAUGGCAGGAAGAAGAAGCACGAACUGAAGAUUAUCCACCAGGGAGCAGAUGCCCUGGUGCUGGCAGUGCAGAGCAAAGAACAGGCCGAGGAGUGGCUCAAGGUGAUGAGGGAGGUGUGUGUAAAUGGAAGUGCAGACCUCGAUGGAGCUGCAUCUGGAUUACCUGUCCUCAAAGCAGAACUGGAAAAGAGAACAUCAUCUGACCGGCCUAGCUCAGAUGGUGAAGCAACCCAUGAGAAUGGACACAGUGAUGGCAAAGACCAAGGAAAAGCAAAGAAAAACUCCAAAUCAGAGCAGAAAAUUGGGACUGUUGGAAAGGGAGCCAGCAAGAAGAUCACCAAGAUCAUCAGCCUGGGGAAGAAGAAGCCAUCCACAGAUGAACAGACUUCAUCUGCAGAAGAAGAUGGUCCCACCUGUGGCUAUCUGAACGUGCUGUCCAAUAACCGUUGGCGUGAGCGCUGGUGCCGCCUGAAAGACAACCAGCUACUUCUCCACAAAGACCGUGACGACCUAAAGAGCCACAUCGCCUCACUGCCCCUUCGAGGCUGCGAGGUCAACCCCGGCCUCGACCACAAACACCCUUUCGCUUUUCGCCUCCUUCGUAAUGGCCAGGAGGUGGCGGUGCUGGAGGCUUCCUCCUCUGAGAUGAUGGGGCGUUGGUUGGGGGUGUUAUUGGCCGAGACUGGCUCUACCACUGACCCAGCCACCCUGCACUAUGACUACAUUGAUGUGGAGACCACCGCCAAUGUCAUUCAACUAGCCAAGCAGUCCUUUUGUUUCACUAGUAAACGUGCCAUCUCUCCCAAUCCAUACCUUGACAGCCAAGUCAAUGGCUAUGCCUGUCCCUCUGGUAUGGCUCUACAUUAUGAUGAUGUGCCUAUAAAUGGAAUGUUCAAGGGAAAGAAGGGAGCCAAUAUCAAUGGAGUGGCUUCCAAACAGAAGGCUGAGCCAAAGAGCCAGGCCAAGAAGAAUGGAGUCAGUGGGAUGGCAUCUGUGAAACGCAACAACUCCAAUGCAGAGCAGUGCAAGUACGGCAAGAACCGUGUCGAGGCAGAUGCCAAACGGCUGCAGGCCAAAGAGGAGGAGCUGAUGAAAAAGAAACAGGAGAUCAGGAACCAUCUAAACCAAUUGAAGAAGGAGAGGAGAGACCUGCGCACUGCUGUGGAGGGGGCAGCAGGCAAACGUUCACAGGCAUCUCUGCUGGAGCGCUUGAAGAAGGUGGAAGAUGAGUGCAAGCUGAAGGAGGAAGAGAGAGUGAACCUGGAGCUGGAGGCAACAGAGGUCAAGGAGAGUCUGAAGAAAGCUCUGAGUGGAGGAGUGACCCUGGGCCUCACCAUUGAACCCAAAGCUGCCUCCUCAGACCUGCAGUCUCCAGCCAUGCUGCGGAGAACACAGGAGUCUUCUCACUUCUCCAGCUGCGACACCAGCGACACAGAGUCCUGCACACUGCCAGUCAACAGCGCAUCGUUACUGCGCCGGCAGCAGAGUAGCCAGAAGCCAUCAACGGUCAGAGGACAUGUGCUGAGGAAGGCCAAGGAAUGGGAGCAGAAGAGUGGCUCAUAAAUCUCUGAAGUCUUCACAUCGACCCUGCUUCCUCUCCUUUCUGCUGCAGACAUUGUGUAUAUAUUUAUUUAAGACUGCUCAUACAGACAGAGUGUGUGCCCAGUAAGACACAGGGAUUUCAUUAUCACCAGCUAAAACAAGAGACAAUGUUUUAUAUGCCAUACAUAUCACUACACAUAGCUUUGUAGCAUGAUUAGUGUGCCAAGUGAUCCCAUCAAAAGCAGCCACAUUUCUUACUAAAAAAUUCUGAUGCAGUUUUAAAGAAACAAAACUAAGUAUUUAUUUGUAUAUUUUAAAGGAAAUACUGACUUUCCCAUUUUUUAUUUAUGCUGAAUAUUUCUAAGGGUUUUUUGUUGUUUUUUUUUUUUUUUUUUAGAAUUUGUGACUCUUGACAAGCAAAUCUUUUGUUGCAUUUGAGCUGUGUCAAUCUUCUGAUUGACCCAUCUCCAAGAAUGCAAAAAAAAAAUAAUCACAACAGAACACAAGAUGACAAUGAAACUUCCUUACAGAGAAUAAAAAAAGAAAC